CUGGCCUCCGCGUAGGGAAAAGGUUACGCUCAGUGGAACCGGAAGAGGAAAACACAUGGAUUAGUGUGUUUACAACUCCUCUCAUCCUGGGUGCACCCGGCGUCACCCUGCAGUCCAAAAACCGACCCGUGCAAUUUGCAUUUGCAGGCUGGUGCUGCCCCGGACACAACGUACGUUACAGUACGGGCCGGUUUUAAAAUCUGUCACUGCGCUCCGUAGCGGUGUGAGAUCGGCCGCAGCGUCGGGGGCCACCCACCAUCUGUGGAAGUGGGACAAGGGAACAGAUGGCGCAUCCGAGUCGGGCUGCAGGGCUUCUGACGCUGGCUGUUAAGCGCUGAAGAUGAGUAUCAGUCAUUGAAACAAAAGCCUGGCCUUGGCUGUUGGCACGGUAUCUUUUGCGGACCUGACGAUGCCACAGCGGCUCGGAUAAGAGUGGGCGACCGGAAGCCUCGCAUAUUGAUCACAUUGAUGCGCGAUCGACGACCCGGCCACUGGCAUCAACUUAAUCCCUUUCUGACGUGCCUCUGGCCCCGCGAACGAUGGUCGACAACCGCUACGCCACAGCGCUGGUCAUCGCCUGCGUGCUAAGCAUCCUGGCCACCGUGUAUCUGUCGGUGGCCGUCGGGACGCAGCACUGGUACCAGUACAGCAGCCCCGCCGUGCGCGGAGAGGCCAACGUGUCCGAGCUGCGCUCCCUGUAUGAGGAGUUCAUGGACGGGGAGUUCGAUGAGAAAACUUACAGCGACACCCUGUUCCGCCUCAACGGGACCGUGGGCCUCUGGUGGCGGUGUGUGCUCGUUCCUGCCAACGCUCACUGGUACAAGGAGCCAGAUGCCAAAAUGGUGCUGGAGUGUCGAAGCUUCACUCUACCUCAGCAGCUCACACCCAAGUACAAAGAACCAGGAAACCACAACAGUGGAGAGGACAUGCUGCGCACCUACCUGUGGAGGUGCCAGUUUCUGCUGCCACUGGUGUCCCUUGGCCUGGUGGUGCUGGCAGGCCUGACUGGGUUCUGUGCCUGCGUCUGCAGAAGCCUCAGCCCCACCCUUGGCAUAGGAGUACUUCACUUGCUGGCUGGUCUCUGCACCUUAGCCACAGUGUGCUGCUACCUGGCAGGGAUGGACCUGCUCCACAGGGUGUCGAUGCUGCCUGAUAAGGUGGAUGGCUCUCUGGGCUGGUCCCUCUACUUGGCCCUCAUCUCCUCGCCGCUCCACAUGAUGGCGGCUGCGCUGCUGGUGUGGGCGGCACGCAGCCACAGUCAGAACUACUACCGCAUGACUGCAUACCGGGUAGCAUAGUCUGAGAUGUUUGCCCUGUUAAAAUUCAUACCCCACUCUGACACCAAGAUGCAUUUUAUAAUUAUCUCAGUGGAAUGGGAUGUGGGUUAAUCUGUGCGUCUUUGCCCUCUGUUGAAUUAAAGUGCAUGUACUCCAUAGUGAUGACCCUGUCUGCUGCAUUAAAAGAUUUGAUUUUUAUCUCUCUAGGGGUUAUGGAAUCGGUUGGAAAAAAGGUCAACCAGAAAAAUAUGUAUAGUGCAGCAUAUGUUUGGUUCAAAGUAAUUUAAAACCAAGAUGAAAAGCAUUUGCUGUGUCUCAGUUUCAUGCAACACAUUCAUUCAGUCCAAUAUAUAGUGCAUUCACUUCAUAAAAAUGGCUAAAUUAAAGGAUAAUCGUGGUUUAUUUUCAUAGAUUCGGCCAUGACCUCUAUACGUAAUAAUAUGACUUUACAGCACCAAGUUAAUUGCAGACAUUUAGGAAUGCAGCAACAUCACUUAAAAACAAGUUUGGCAGGGCAAGAAAUACAGGUAGUUAAAAUGAUCAAACACCUUUUAAAUUAAUCCCCAGGCUAGACAAACUUAUUUGGAUGAGAAAACAAUUCAGCUCUGACCUGUUGUACGUACUGUAGUAUCGCAUGCUUUUUUUUUCCUGUGCAGUGAGUGAAAUCUAAUACGUGCUCUCUUUCAGUUUUACUGCAGUAGAGCUUGUUUCUUGCCCUGUCAAAUUUGAUUAUAGGGAUGUUGCUGUGUUCUUAUUAUUCCCCGUACAGUGUUAUCUUGGUAGAAAUCAGUGAUCCAAAAAAAAUGACGUCCAACACAAAUAGUGUUAAAAUAAAUAAGACCCAAAAUGAAAAUAAAUGAGAUCCAAAUUGUAAUAAACAGGAAUUGUCCUCCAAGAUGUUAGUAUGCACACUAUUUCCGCAUUAUUUCUGUGUAUGGUGUUGACAAUGCAAUGCACAAACAAACGGAGAAGAUAUUCACAGCUAGUAAAAAUUAAAUCAAAUUGAGGACACUUUGGGAUUUUUCUUGGAAAACAAAAAACUUAGUAUUACAUUUUUGGAGAAACACAGCUCUUUAACUGGCAGUUGUGUUCAAGGGUCUCAGAUUGAUGUCCAUCAGCAUGCAUCUUAUAUGAUUUCCUGGCACUAAGAAAAACAGUACACUAUUUAGGAUAUACAGUAGUGCACAAUAUAUACUCAAAUAAGUAUGAGGUAUGGAAUUAGGACACAGCAAGUGUUUCAUUGACCUCUUCUGGUUGAAAUUUUCAAGCGUGCUGAACUUCUGCUCACACCUACAAUGACAGUUGGGAGCGGUGACAUUUCCCCUUUUGUUAAACUUCAAAACAUCAGGCAGUAUUGGACAGGUGAACUGGACACACCCUGAGUAUGUCUCUGCAGCACUGCCCCAACACAAAGACCCUAAGAUAUUUGUUGACUUUGACAUCCACCCUUUUUUUUAACUUAAGUGACAUUUAUUUAUUAAUGGCAAUUAUUAAGGUCAGGCUUUUUAUGUAUACUGUUUUGUUUGCAUUUUUUCAAGCAUAUUUUUAAUGUCUUGACUGACUUUUUUUUUUUAGGAUUUUUUUUUAGAAGAGAUUGAAAAGUCAGCAUGUACUCAACAUAGUAGUGCUUCCUCACCAUUUUGUGUUUUGUUGACCUUGUAUGCUCAUAUAAAUUGGUUUCCACAUCCUUUUUGUGAAUUUAGUUGUAUUUAUUUUUAUUUAUUUGAUAUAUAUUUGUUCCUUGAUUUUUUUUUUUUUUUUUUUUUUUUGAUUCCUUUUUGCCAUCACCAGUAUGGAAAAAAACAAACAAAUGAAUUAAAUCAACAGGAUUGAAGGGAAUUCAGUUUUUAACAGUUUUCCCUGUUAGGCAUUAUGAAUGUACUUUAAAGGCCAUAUUAUGAUAAGCUACAGUAUUCCUUUGCACUUAAAUUAUUUUUGAACAUAUCCUGAAUAUUGCUGUAGUGCUUGGUAUUGAAUUUUCUAUUUUUUGACAAUCUAAAUGUCCCAAUAAUCAGAUACAUUUAGAAAAAAAAACAAAUUUUUACCCUUAAAAUCAUGCUAUCUGUCUCCAUAAAUAUUAACAACACUCACAAGAUUUUAUGAAAUUUACAGAUGUCAGUGAAAAGAUGCACUGUCUGGUCUGAUAAAUCAGAUUGUAUUUGAUGUAUUCAGCCUUUAAAUACAAGAAAUUGCUCUAUCCCUGAAUCCACAGUGGUGUAAAUAUAACGGCUGUAUGACUGUGCUUUUGUGAAUCUACAGUGAAUGUGUUGUCCAUUCUCCAGUUGUGAGCUGAAACGGUCAUUAAUUGUACACUUAAAUAUUGUGUGUGAUUGUAUGCAAGUGUACACAUGCAGUGGUGCGUGUUCCAAGCAACUGCUGUAAUUUCA